AUGGCUUAAAAUACAUUCUACGGCAAUUAUAGUAAAAUUAAUGAUAAUGGCAAUAAUAAAGAAACCCCUUUAAAAAAAAGCAUGUUCUAUCGAGAUUCUCCAAAAAGUUUAGUAGAUUAAACUUCUACAAAUACAAAAAUAUUAACAUAAACUGAAAAUACUAAUAACAUGAAGCUAAUAGCUGUAAACGACAAUAUGAGAUUCGGUUUACCUCUCUAUACGGGAGAAAUCCCAUUAUAUGCUAUAAAAAAUAUAGAUGAAGAUCUUAAUAAUAUACAAGAAUGGCAUUGGCCUAUUAUAAAUGAUAAUCCAUAAUCAGAUGAAACCAUACUAUAGAAAAAAGGAGAAGCGUUUCGAUAGAUAAAAAUAGCUAUUAAAUCAAUUGGUAUAGGUAUUUAUGAUUUUAAUGAAAAUACAAGACUUAAAUGCUUUUAGUGUGAUUCUAGUUAAGCAUUCUAAAUUCACUAAGUUGGAUUUUAUUUAUGCAAAUAUGCAUAUUCUGCUAUUUUAAAUAAAAAAUUAAAAUAAUCACCUAAUUGGGGAAUUGCUUAUUAAUUUAAUACUAUUAAAAAGUUAGACUAAAGAGUUGUAGUCAAUAACGUGGCGCAUAAUCAUUAAAAUUGGACUUAUUUUCUUGAAAAUUAAAAAUGGGAUUUAUUCAAGCUUUAUGCUAAAUAAAUUCAUUACAAUAGAACUGCAGAAAGUGAAGAAUAUAUUAAUUAACUUUCUAUGGAAAAUGAAUCACUUGAUAAAUUAUGUGGAGUCUGUAAAGAAAAUAUAUGCUUAGAUCUUUAAUAUACAUUAUAAUGUGGUCAUGUUUACCAUAAAAUAUGUUUAAGCUUACUUCCCUAAGUUUUUGCAGCUUUAAAAUGCCCUUUGUGUGAAAAUUAAAACAUAAAAGAUAAUUCUGCAUUUAUGGUAAAUUAAAUAGAUGAAUCUAGUUAUAAAGAUGAUUUAGAUUAACAAUUAAUAGGAUAAGUGAUUGAAAAUUUACCAGAAUACUUAGAUAAAGUUGAAUAUAAUGAUAUAUUUACAUAAUCUAUGGUGGCGGGUUUAAAAUAAAAGAAAGAAGAAAUAAAAAAGAUAGCGCAAAAAAGUAAAUACGCUAACAAAGAUAAUAAAACUUGCGAAAAUGAAUAAGAAAUUUAAAAAGUAGAUGAGGAAGAAGUACACAUUAAAAAAACCCAAGAAGACGAAUAAUAGAAAGAAACACCACAAGAAAAAUAAUAAUAAGAAGUCGAAAUACAAAUAAAAAAUGAGGAAGAAAUAAUUUUAGAAAAUAUAACUGAAGAAUCUAAUUAAAAUAUUCUUUAAGAAGAUGAAAAUGUCAUAUAUACAUUAGUAAAGUAAGAAUUCCAAUACCACAAAAAGAAUAUUUCAAAGCAACAAAUAGAAUCCUAUAUAAAAUAAUUUAAACCAAUAUAAGCCAAUGAUGAAUGUAGAGCAGAUUGUUCGUACAAAGAAGGAGGAAAAGAGUGUAAAGAUAAGAAAAUAAAAUAAUGCUUAAGGAAUAUAGGAAAAGAAAUUAUCAAAUAAAUUGGUAAUAAAAUUAUAUCAGGAUCUUUUAAUUUAACAUAAAUAAGUUUUCCUAUAAGAGCUAUGAUACCCUAAAGUGCUUUAGAAAAGGCUUUAUAUGCAACUUGUUUAUUCCCAAUAUAUAUAAAUCUAGCAGCAUAAACUAAUGAUUUAGUUGAAAGAUUCAAAUUAUUAAUAUGUGCUACUUUAGGUAACUUUUAUAUUAAUUGUGGCUUUUUGAAGCCUUUGAAUCCUAUUUUGGGAGAAACAUGUUAAGGAAUGUAUCCAGAUGGUACAAAAAUGUAUUCAGAAUAAAUAUCACACCAUCCUCCAAUAUCUUAUUUUGUAGUUUAUGGACCAGGAACUAGACAUAUUAAAUUUAAAGAUGGAUAAUUCAUCUCUUAUAAUUUUGCAAAAGAAAUUUAUGGAGGAUCCUUUAUGGGAACUAUGAAAGUUGAAUCUAAGGGAACUAUUACAUUUUAAGAUGUAAAAAAUAAUAUAAAAGCUGAAAUUUCUAUCGAUUCAGUUAAAAAAAAGCCUUCAGAUUAUAUUUGUGGAGAAAUUAAAGUUAAUGAUUAAACUGUUUCUAAAUGUUAUGGUAGCUAUAUGGGGUUUAUUGAAUUUGAUGGAAUGAGAUAUUGGGAUUUUAGAUAUGUUACACCAUAUAAACCUAUAAUUAUUAAAAGCUAAUUACUUAGUGAUUAAAAUCAUAGAAUUGAUAAAUAAUAUUUAUAAAAAGGCGAAAUAGAAAAUGCUUAAAAAUUUAAAGAAUAAUUGGAAAAUCUACAAAGAAACGAUGCUAAACUAAGAAGUAAAUUUGAAUAGCAAACUAAAAAAAAUAAAAAAUGA